AACCAGGUCAGACCUAGAAGUUCCCUACGUGUCACUCGGAGGCCCGAAACGAUCUCGUAGCAGCGCCUUGCCCUACUCCCCUGCAUAAUCCGACCUAUGGAGCUCGCUGUCGGCUCUGCGCCGCUAGCACGGCGUGUCACCGGGCUCUGCAGCGCAGCCCAGACGGCAAGCGCGAAAACCGCGGGAAGCGGCACGGCUUCCGGCUGUCCGAGAUGGACGAUUCCGAGCCGCGCCGCCAGCAGCCGCGCUGCUGGACGUAAAACAGGGGUUAACUGCCGCGCGUCGGUCUCGAGCGGUGCCAGCCGAAACGACGUUUUAGGGCUUGAUCCGUCACUUACUAGCCUCGGCGGCGCGGGUUUCGACGUGGCGGAGGCCAGCCAGUUCCCCGCGACGCGAAUGAGCUCGGAGCAGCAGACGAUGCCGCGGCUGCAGGACAUGGACCCCGCGUCGAUCCUUCUGAGCCAACGAAUUAUCUUCCUGGGCACGCAGGUGGACGAUUUCAGCGCGGACCUCAUAAUCAGCCAGCUACUGCUUCUGGACUCACAGGACCCCACGCGCGACAUCAAGAUGCUGAUCAACUCGCCCGGCGGGUCGGUGACAGCCGGCAUGGGCAUCUACGACGCCAUGAAGCUGUGUCGCGCCGACAUCUCACCAUCUGCUUCGGCCUCGCCGCCUCCAUGGGGGCCUUCCUGCUGGCUACAGGCACCAAGGGCAAGCGGUUCUGCAUGCCGAAUUCGCGGGUCAUGAUUCACCAGCCCCUAGGAGGGGCGCAGGGAUCGGGCCAUAGACGUGGGGCUGCAGGUGCGCGAGAUGAUGUACCACAAGGUGAAGCUCAACAAGAUCCUCUCGCGAGUCACCGGGAAGACAGAGGACCAGGUGAAGCUCAACAAGAUCCUCUCGCGAGUCACCAGGAAGACAGAGGACCAGGUGCGUCGGCCGCUCUACUGGUUCCGCUCCACUUGUUUAUUCGACUCCUGGGAACACCUGUCAUCUCAUCUCUGCUUGCGUUGCU